AUGGCGAGCUGGUGGACGUCCGCAGACAUGCCGGACAGUCUGGACCCGGAGGACAACUCCAUCGUGUCUCGGGUCCUUCAGGCGGUCGGGCUGUUCGGAGACAUCCUGUCGUUAGAGGACACGAUGGAGCCCAUGUUGUCCGAAGUCAGAGGAAGGAAAAGUCCCGACAGUGAUGAAGCAAUGGACGAGGACGAGACGGUAAAUGAAGGAGAAGAUCAAGAAUCUGAAGACUGGAGAGAGGAAGAAGAGAAAGAACAGGAGGAUCUGCAAGGAGGAGAAAAAGAUGGACGCAUUGACAUGGAGAAAGAAACAGAAGUGGAUUCACCUCUACAAGAGCGUGGAGUCUCUGACAGGCGGCGUGCUGACGGUGCAGGUGACACGGUGCUCACAGAUGGAGAGGGAGGUUCAGUCGCUGCCAGAGACCAGAGCGAGGACGUUUAUCCCACAUCGCCGAGCAGCGACAAAGAGCCGGACGACUCGUCUCUGAGCAGCACAGACGCUCCAGCUCCGACUGUGACACACACACACCUCGCCUCGGCCCGUGUCCGUCUGCGUCUGAGGGAUCCAUCAGAGGAGGACGCCUCCGGAGAGACUCCACCUGAGCGACACACAGAUCCAGGUUGCAGGCUGGAGAACAGAGCGACACUGAUGGAUGCAGAUGCCCAGCUGAUGGUGUCCACACAAGGCAACAAAGAGCCCGGUCCGACCCAGAACUUACCCAGCACAGAGAGCCCUGUGAUGGAAGCAAAGGAGGACAAAGGAGACAAAGAGGAAGGAGGUCAAAACUGUCCUGAGAUGAACGGCGAGGAGGACAAGAAGAACGACAGCCAGCAGCCAUCCAAGUAUAAAACUGUGUCCUACAGGAGGAUCCGGAGAGGAAACACCAAACAGAGAAUUGAUGAGUUUGAGGCCAUGAUUAACUUGUGAUCAAGUACCGUCAGAGGGUUUGGAUUGAUUGAGCAAGUGGCAAUUUAAUUCAACUUUAAACCUUGAGACAUAUGAAUAAUAUUUAGGCCUACAGGAUAAAUAAGACAUUUAAAUGUAAUUAUAACUUCAUGUAUCUGUAAAGUCCUAGAAAAUAAACAGUGACGCUCUUUACAAUGUAGUUUUCCCUGCCUGUCAUUAGAAAGAUUUGGCGCCAUCUGGUGUCAGUAAACAUAAACUGCAACAUGUUGGUUGUAUUGACGCAGAGUUUUUUUUAAAUGUUAAAUAUGGGGGAGAUAAUUCCCCGUGUCUCACAUCAUCACAAACAACAAUAAAUUAAAUACGUCAA